AUGGCACCUAACCUUAUCACUAUAAAAACCAACUCUAAUAAUAAUAGCUCAUUCGUCUCACCACGCAACUACCUCGACAGCAUCCCCGCAGCAGCGCCGUUGGGACUUUUGGGGGAAUCUUUGAGAAAGGAGGGAGCAAACAGAGAGAAUUCGAUUACUUCAAGCUCGCCCUCCAAUGGCCUGGCACAUACUGCCGGAGAACUCGCCGGUGCUGCUCCUCCAAUGGCUGCUGUCGAGGGUACGUAUUCUCUUCGCUCUAAUGGGCCAACAGGAUUUACGAUCCAUGGACUUUGGGCAGAUUAUAAUGAUGGAACCUGGCCUUCAUGUUGUAGUGGGAAAAAAUUUGAUGCCAAAGAGAUUUCUACAUUGCUUGAUGCUUUGAAUAAGUAUUGGCCAUCGUUAAGCUGUGGUUCCUCGUCAAACUGCCACGGUGGAAAAGGGUUAUUUUGGGAACACGAGAUUCUCCCUUUUCAGCACUUGAGGUUUGAAAUCUUAAAAAAACAUGGAACUUGUUCAUAUUCAGUUACUGGAGAUGAAUACAAUUACUUCUUGACAGCACUUAAUGUUUACUUCAAAUAUAAUGUCACUGAAGUUCUGAGAGAAGCUGGGUAUGUAGCAUCUAAUUCUGAAAAGUAUCCUUUGGGAGGCAUUAUCACAGCCAUUCAAAAUGCUUUCCAUACAACCCCUCAACUCGAAUGCUCGGGUGAUGCCUUGCAGGAACUUUACAUAUGUUUCUAUAAGGACUUCUCGCCUCGGGAUUGCGCAGCUGGUGCAAACACUGAAAGUGACACAGUCAGUUCGAGCAAGUCGUGCCCCAAAUACAUUAGCUUGCCAGAAUAUGUGUCACUGAUACUUGGGAACAAUGGAACUGAAGUCUCAGAGUCUACUUUACAAUCCUCCAUCUGAGUGAGUUGUUUGAUUGGAAACCCAAGUCUGGCUGCGCAUAUUCUCCAUUGGGGAAAUUAUCUACUGUAAAUUAUGCCAAUUUUUAGGCUCUAAAUAUUUGAUGAAAAUUCAGCUAAAAUAAUGGUGCGAGGAUAUUCAAUGCUCGUUGACUGCAGUUGGAGUUAGUAAAUAUGUUCUGUUUUAUGCAAUGGAUUGAUGUGAAUUAUGAUGAAUUCUGUAUCUUUCACUGAUCACUGAUGUAUGAUUUUCUCCGGUCACAUAACCAUUUCAUGUUGCCAAUUUACCACAAAGAAGCAUGCCCAAAACUCGAAAAAAAUAUGAGAGAAAUGAAGAGAAAUUUGAACCUGAGACUUUGGCUAUAC